AAGAAGCAGCAAAAGAAAGGCGCAGCUUGUAAAGCAAAACGGUUAAAACAUAGUUUUUUGCAGAACUAAACUAAAAUAAGGUAAACCGACUGUCAGUGAACGUGCUCUAAGGUCCGGGGAAGUGCCCAUCGAGUGAGUUUCAGCGUUUUGAGUGACCCUCAGCGAGAGUGAGCCUUUCGAGUCCCGAGCCUCCGAAAAUUCGCCGAUCCAGCGAGAGAUACUUCUAGAAGUGCGUUCAGCCUUACAGCCAAAAUGACCAAUUUGGAGAAGCAGCACGAGAUGGUAAAACGGAGCCUGGUGCAGUUCAUCAGUGGACACAUCCCUGGGGCCGACUUUAGCGUGGUGGACGAGAUUGUAUUGUCGUAUAUCAUCUCGAUCUUGGAGGAGGCCUCGCAGGACCCGUGCUUUGACGUGGAGGGCUUCGUGGAGAUGAUGGGCGCCUACUUCGAGGAGUUCCCCACCAUUGACCAGGGCAUCAUCUGCGACUGGAUUUAUAAGCUGGCCAAUGAGCUCACCGAGAUGGAGAAAAAUCAGGGAAGCCAUGACACCGUGAACUUGUCGCUCAACUCCCUUAGCUUGUCGAGCAUUAUUCCUGAGUCCAAACUGCGUGCUCGUAACUCCUCUACUUCCGAAAAGGACGAGCUCUCCUCAAACAGCAGCAGCAGCGGCGGUGGAGGCAGCAAGCGUUCCCAGCACUUGUCGGAGACCAGCGAUGGAGGUUCCACCGAUAGCUCCAGUUCUACUUGCGACUACUUCCUGGAUGAGACCGAAGUGCUCCAGGAAAUGUUCCCGGAUUCGGCCAUUGCCGAGAUCAAGCAUUGCAUCGCUAUUUCCAAGGGCGAUAUCGAUAGCGCCACCCAGAUUCUCUUGCAUCGCCAGGAAACCAACCAGUGCAUUACUGACAAGUCGCAUACUACUUACAUCAAGAAAAAUGUUGUGGUCGACGAUAAUGAACUUAAAAAUCGUAUCAUCGCCAGGUACUCUUAUGUUGACAAAAACGCUACCCAGCGCGAGUACAAGCCGGUGGUGCCAAAGAUGGAGCCGCGCAAGCUGGUCCGCUACCGGGACAACAAGAUAGUGUCGCUUAAGGGCGAGCGUUACACCGAGAUCAAGCGUGACGAAGAUGCUGAGUUAAAAAAACCUAAGAAGCAGAUUCAACCGUAACUAAAGAGGAACAAAACCCUCUUCAAGUAUUUUAUCAAGAAGCAAAUUAAUCCACACCCCAGUAACUUAUCCGCACCCUCGACACCGAUUUUCGCCAGCAGCAGUAGCUGCGAAUCCACCGGCAGCAGCAGCAGUCAUCCCAUAACCGAGCACAGUUUAUGCAAUCAGAUGCAUAUUGAUGGGCUGACAGCCGCCAUACGCAAUGCUAGCACCCAUCCCAGCUCCAAGCCAGUGAUCCCCGCCAAGCUUAGCCAACGUUUAGAUGCUUCCCAACACGACGACGAUGACGCGCGAGAGGUUAGAGACAAAGACGAGCCACCGAGCACAGCGAAUCGGUUCCCACAUCUGAGUGAAUAUGGCCAGGAGUUUGUGGUGUCAGCUGGCAUGCUGGUGCUACUAUUGCUAGUUAGUCAUUGGAGCCAUUGGACCUCGAACUCGACUUCUCAUCGCGCCCAUCCCCAUGACAAAGACAGAAAGACUUUACAUACCAAAUUAGUUGAUAGUUAUGCUUUAGGACUACUCGCUUAUUCAAAUUUUGGGAGCCCAUCCGCCGCGGUGGCCGCCUGCUUAUGAGUCGCGUUGCCGGGAGCAGGCGGCCCGGACCGAUUCGGAUCUGGAUCCGAAUCCGUAUCCGUUGCCAGUCGUCGGUUAUGACGACUGGGGUCGCGCCUGCGCUGUGACUUCUUCUUAGUUCCUUACGCAAGCGAAUUUGAAUUGAACCGUAUCUGUGAAAAACUUGAAUCUCAAACUCUUUUAUGUCCACGACCAGUAUUUUUGAACCUCUUUCGAACCCAAGGAUCAGAUGCAGGUGCGACACCAAACCCGAAUUUGGCGCUCAAAUAGACUUAUUUAGACGUUUUUAGGUACUCAAAUUGAUGAAUUUUGUUGGCCGUGUGCGUAUUUAAAAAACGCAGCUGCACAAGAAACUUGCCAUAUCUGUUUAAGAUUUGUUAACCCAUUUUGUAUCGUGUAACUCGUUUGUUUUCCUCUGGUCCAAGCAAACUAGCAACAGUAAUCUAGCAACAAUGCCACCAAAGCCACUUGCAACACAAACUAGUCCUCACCGCCCACUGAGAUAUCCGGAACCCAUAACAAUUCGGCUACUGCUCGGAGUAAGACAGCAAUACUAACAAUAAUCUAAACGUAUUCAGCAUAUACACAUGUAUGAACUAAUCGAAUAAUCAACUAUUUAUAUAAUCCUUAUCCUAAUCCUUUCCAAUGAUUGCAACGAUUGUAACCUACAAUAUCAUGGCAGUCCCAUGCCCACUUCAUGUUAGAUGUAAGCUCCAGAAUAUUGUUCGGCAGCUUUGAAUUUUUUUGUUUGAGACAAAAGAUUAACAUCCGUUUUAUCAAUAUUUAUAAGUUUAAAAUUUUAGUCCCCGACCACCGUUUUAUUAUGUAACCAAUUGCAUUUUAAGCAUCUCAAGUUUCCUGAUUUUAGUUCAGCACUACACGGAUAGUGUUUUAACAAUCAUAUAUAUUCGUAUUUAUUUUUACCUGGUUUCGGUUUGAUAUUAAUAUUUUAUAUAUUUUAGUUUUAUAUAUUAUUUUUGUGAUAUUAGCGUAAAAAUCAAUUUAAAGAAAAGGCAAAACACUCGAAUUAAACUUUUGAAAUUACUAAAUAAACUACUAUCAAUAUUAAACGCA